AUGUCCGAAGCCUACGAGCGUGAACGUCAAAAUAACUCGCGACUGGACGACCUCGCCGGAAAGGUAUCUGCCUUGCGCGGCGUCACCAUCGACAUCUACGACAAUGCCCGCGACCAGGGCGUCAUCGACUCUUCCGGCAGUGCUGGAAGGUUGACACGUAUGGCACAACAAGGAAAUAAGGUCGCCAUUCUCAAGCUCGCGGGAAUUCUCAUCGUCAUUGUCCUCGUCCUCUACUGGGUCGGCGGCUGGGUGUUUGGAGGCUCCAAGGCUGCUUGA